AUGAUUCAAUAUCGUGUUCAAGCCGUUAAAGAUUUAAAAGUUAUUUUCCAGCAUUUCGAUAAAUAUCCGCUAAUUUCACAAAAACAAGGUGAUUAUCUUUUAUUUAAAAAUGUUCUUGAUUUAAUUGAGAAUAAAGAACAUCUUACAAUGGAAGGAUUACGGAAAAUUUUAGCUGUUAAAGCUUCAAUGAAUAAUGGUCUAUCGGAUGUGUUGAAAGUCGCCUUUCCGGGAAUUGUUCCAGUAAACCGAGAUAAAAUACCAAUAUCAGUUUCUUCUAUUAACCCUUAUUGA